UUAAACACGGCCCAGGUAAACAGUUGCCUUUUUUGGCCAAGAUAGAAAAAAAAAGAAACUAUAUAAGGUGGUGCGUUGGUACGGCUCGUCCCUUUCCACAGCUAGGAGAGAUCUGACCUGACAGAGGAUCGAGCUGCAACAUGGUGCAGAGGGUAGCAGUAAUUGGGGCGGGCCCCUCCGGUCUGACCAGCAUGAAGGCUUGUCUGGAGGAGGGCCUGGAGCCCACCUGCUUUGAGAGCAGCGACGACAUGGGCGGACUGUGGAAGUUCAAGGAGGUGUCAGAGACGGAAAGGGCCAGUAUCUACCGUUCUCUCACCAUCAACAUCUCCAAGGAAAUGAUGUGCUACAGCGACUUCCCCAUCCCCGCAGAUUACCCCAAUUACAUGCACCACUCUAAAAUCCUGACCUACUUCAGGAUGUACGCAGAGCACUUCAAACUGCUACAGCAUAUCCGCUUCCAGACAAGGGUGAAGAGUGUUAAGCAGAGGUCAGACUUUUCUCGCACUGGCCAGUGGGAGGUGGUGACUGAGAACUGCGAAGGACAGGAGGAGAGGCAUGUCUUCGACGCAGUCAUCAGCUGCUCGGGUCACUACACUUACCCUCACCUGCCGCUCAAAGACUUCCCAGGAAUUGAGAAAUUCACGGGCAAGUACGUCCACAGCUGGGACUACAAGGGACCCGAAGACAUGUAUGGGAAAAGAGUGGUGGUCAUCGGCAUUGGUAACUCAGGGGGAGACAUCGCUGUGGAGAGCAGCAGAGUAGCAGAGCAGGUCUGCUUGAGCACUCGCCGCGGUGCCUGGGUCAUCCGUCAGGUGUCAGACAAUGGUCUGCCGGUGGACAUGAAGUACAACACACGUUUUGUUCACAUCCUGUUCCAACUGCUGCCCAUUAACUUUCUAAAUUGGUUUGGUGAGAAGAAACUAAACGCCAUGUAUGACCACACCAUGUAUGCACUCAAGCCCAAACACAGGCUGUUCAGUCAGAUUCCAGUCAUUAAUGAUGACCUGCCUCUCAAGAUUUUGUGCGGGUCUGUCAUUAUCAAGCCAAACGUGAAAGAGAUCCGUGGCUCCACUGUAGUGUUUGAUGAUGGCAGUGUCGUGGAGAAGGUAGAUACACUUGUGUUUGCCACUGGAUACAGCUACGACUUCCCCUUCCUUCCUGCUAAUGUCUUGUACAAGUCUGGCCACCGCGUAGGUCUCUACAAGCAUGUCUUCCCCCCCAACAUGGAGCACCCCACCUUGGCUGUGGUGGGUUUCAUCCAUGCCCUGGGAGCUAUCAUGCCUCAGGCUGAGAUGCAAGCUCGCUGGGUCACCCGUGUCUUCAAAGGGCUGAAGAAGCUGCCUUCCAACAAGGCCAUGAUAAAGGCAAUUGAGAAGGAUACCAAGGACAUGGAGACAAGCUACAUCGUGUCCAAGCUGACACCCCUGCAGGUGGACUUUGUAUCCUACAUGGACAACAUAGCUGGAGAGGUUGGUGUACGGCCAAGCCUUCCCUGGCUCUUCUUCACAGACUACUCGCUAUUCAAGAAAGUGUUGUGGGGGCCCGUCACAGCCUACCAAUACCGUUUGAUGGGACCAGGAAAAUGGGACGGGGCCCGCAGAGCAAUCUUCACCCAGUUUGACCGCAUGUACCAGGCCCUGAAAACAAGACCGUUGGCGGAGCCUGAGACUUCGAUUGCUGGCCUGAUGCUAAAGCUGAGCCUGGCUGUCAUGGCUGGAGGAGCCGCCGUCUACUAUGUCCAUGUCCGCAACCCCUCCACCAUCCCCACCUUACUGUCCAACCUCCGUCCACAGACAGCUUGAACAUAUAGGGGUCGAAUGAUGUGAAAUGAGUUCUCACAUGGAGAUAACUUGGCUGUUGGCUUGUACACUUGUCAUGCCAGUUUCUCUUGACUGUAUCUCCAGGAGUCAUUGCUACAACAGCAUGCUUUAUAUCUUGAUUUAGAGCCUCACUGGAGUCAGAAAAAACUUGUAUGUAGUUUUAUUCCCAGUCUUCCUCCAAUUUAGGUUGUGGUUAUAGAGAUGACAACUGUUGCGACCACUGUCUGAGCUGUCCUGUCUAUGAAUUUGUACUAUUUUAACUUGUCUGUCAUACACUUUAGUUGAAAACUGUUCAUUCCUCACUUGAGAAAUUCUUAGAGCAGAUGGUCUCCAGGGAGCUCUGUUGGGAUAUCUGUAAAUAUUGAAUGAUUUUAGUACCAAACUAAAAUCAAGAAACCUACUUCAUUACGCCAUGUUUAACUUAAAGCAAAUGUGUGGAUGGACUGCUUUUCACAUUUCUGUGUGAAUAAAACAUUUUAAUUGUCA